AAACCAAGCCAAUAUAAGUUGUCAAAUCAUCAUCAGCAGCAUACUACAUGUCUCGCCAACGCUUCUGAACGGCAAAGAUUUCACAAUCAAGAGUGGUAUGUCAUAGAUCUUGGUCCAUCCAAUUCCUGUCCGUCCAAGAAAAAAACCGCCAAAUUUUGAAUUUCAUUCUGCUCCCAAGGAAUACCAAAAGUUCAAUUUAAUUUAAUUUAAUUUUUUGGUUUGUAAAAAAUCAGCAAUAAUUUAUCAGAUAGAUAGAUAGAGAGAGAGAGAGAGAGAGAGAGAGAGAGAGAGAGAGAGAGAGGGCUGAAGCUGAUCGUGGUGGUGGUGGUGGAUGAGAAGGAGGAACUAGAAGAGGAGGAAAAUGAAGGGGACGCUGGAGAUGCACUUGCAGGUACAGCUAGGGCAAAACCUUCAAUCAUCCUCUAAUCCUAUUCCUCCCUCUCGCUGCUGCAAGAACCUUCUAGAGGAAUCCGACGCUGCAGAUAUCCACUUGCCCUCCUCGUCGCCUCGAACUGCCGACAUUGAUAUCGCUUUGGAUGACAGAGAUUUCAUUCUCAGCCAAGAUUUCUUCUGCACUCCGGAUUACAUUACCCCUGAUAAUCAACAUGUGCUGAAGGCUUUCGAUUGCAACGAGGAAAAUAUCCCCUGCCCAAAAUCACCAGAGAAGCUAACUACUCUGAAGAAUAAGAGAUAUCGACAAGGUAAGCAAGGUGAUUGCUCAUUGCAUCCUCUCAGCCCCACCUUAUCUAGCAUUCAACCAACAGUUGAACUAGGAAAAGAUACUUCUGGUAUAGAUGAAGGAAAGAUGGAGAAAGCUGCCACGGCCGGAUCACGGAGGAAUCAAAGCUAUGUUUCUCAAUCUGCAAUUGCUUUACGCUGUCGAGUUAUGCCCCCUCCCUGCAUUAAGAAUCCCUACAUAAAGGAUGCCUCUGAAGUGGAAAGUGAUCCUUUGGGCAACCAAAGAUCAAAAUGUGCAGGUUUCUUUUCUGUAAUUACUGGUGGAGAUGGCCUUUCGCGCUAUCACACUGAUUUCCAUGAGAUUGAGCAAAUUGGUAGUGGAAACUUCAGUCGUGUUUUUAAAGUCUUAAAGAGGAUUGAUGGUUGCUUGUAUGCUGUAAAGCAUAGUAUUAAAAAACUAUAUCAAGAUGCAGAAAGGAGGAGAGCUUUGAUGGAAGUCCAAUCCUUAGCAGCUUUAGGAUCCCAUGAAAACAUUGUUGGAUACUACUCUUCUUGGUUUGAGAGUGAACAUCUAUACAUUCAGUUGGAGCUCUGUGAUUACAGCUUAUCCAUCAAUGAAUCUACUCAAUUUUUUACAGAGGGAGAAGUUUUGGAAGCCUUGUAUCAGAUUGCAAAGGCGUUGCAGUUUGUACAUGAGAAAGGAAUAGCCCACUUGGAUGUAAAACCUGAUAAUAUAUAUGUAAAGAAUGGAGUUUAUAAGCUCGGAGAUUUUGGAUGUGCUACUCUACUUGAUAGGAGCCUACCGAUUGAAGAGGGUGAUGCGCGUUAUAUGCCUCAAGAAAUCCUAAAUGAGAAAUAUGAUCAUCUUGACAAAGUUGAUAUUUUCUCAUUGGGAGUUGCUAUUUAUGAACUCAUAAGAGGGUCACCUUUGCCAGAAUCAGGACCUCAAUGUUUAAAUCUUAAGGAGGGAAGAUUGCCACUCCUUCCUAGUCAUUCAUUGCAAUUUCAAAAUCUACUCAAGGUCAUGGUGGACCCAGAUCCGGUCCGGCGUCCAUCGGCUAAAGAAUUGGUGGAAAACCCAAUUUUUGACCAGGUUCGAAGAAGAACAAGAACCUAAGAGAAAUCAAGAUCCAAGAUGGCCUUUCGGAUGAUUCUGGAAUUUUGUACAUGGAGCCACUUAUGAUCCAGCUGGCCCUACCAGAACGAAGGUAGUAGAUGCUUUAGCGAUUGGCCAUUUACUAGGAAUAUUUAUUUUGUAAUAUAUGCACCAAAUUUUCAACCAGCAUGGUGCAGGUUUUGUAAAGUGUGGGGAAAUCUCUAGAGUGCUGUAUCGUGGACUCAAGGUGUGUAUCGUUAAUAGAAAAGCCAAAUUUCCUUGUUGCCA